UGGAAAUAAAAACCUCAACUGAGUCAGAAGCAGAACGAGGCCCUGAGGCCACACAGGCAGGGAUCAGUGGGAAAAUUAGGGAAAGUAUUCUGGGUGAAGAUGCCACUAGCUCAGUAGCAGAGGUCCAUCACUUCAGGCGCUUUCGCUACCAGGAGGCCCAGGGGCCCCGAGAGGUUUGCAGCCAACUUCACCAUCUUUGCCACCAGUGGCUGAAGCCUGAAAGGCACAGCAAGAAGGAGAUCGUGGACCAGGUGAUCCUGGAGCAGUUCCUGGCCAUCCUGCCCCCGGAGAUGGAGAGCUGGGUCAGGGAAUGCCAGCCGGAGAGCAGUUCCCAGGCGGUGGCCCUGGCCGAAGGCUUCCUCCUGAGCCAGGCAGAUGGUCAGAAUCAGGACCAGCAGGGGCUGUCAGAAGAGGCUGCUGAUUUCUGUGAGGCAGAAAAGGCGCCAUCCGACCUGAGGCAGGGGCCGCUGUUCUGGGGGGCCCCACAGGAGAGCGAGGGAGAUGGUGGAAGGACACUAGUGAAUGGAGCUGGAGCUUUGAGACUUUGUGGUGGACAUCAAACAGCCUCUGAGGAGCAAGACCAGGGGCUGGUGACUCUCGAGGAGCUGUCUGUCUGCUUCACCCAGGAGGAGUGGGCGCUGCUGGAUCCGGACCAAAGGACAUUGCACAGGGAAGUCAUGGAGGAGAAUCGCAGGAAUCUGGCCUCUCUCGAACAAGACUGCAAGACAGCGGGAGAAGUGCAUAAAAGAGGAACUGAAGCAAUAUCAAAAUGGAGAAUGAAAUCCUUUGUUUCUGAAGAUUUCAGUUCCCCUGAAAUUCAAGUCCAUGAAGAAAAACAUAAAAGAAAUAAAAUGAUUCUCACUCAAUGUGCCAAAAUCUUAACUGGAAAAUCAAGUAUUAGCUCACAUCAGAGAAUGCAAAAACAGGAGGAGUCAGAGUGUCUGAAGAGCUUCAUCCUGGUCCAAAACCAUUUUUUACAUGAUAAACUGCACACCCAGAAGACACCACAGUGGGAAAACAGUCAGAAAAUGGACUGCUUAACGCAACAAGAAAGAGGGCACACAGGGAAAAAAUCCAACAGAAGCCCAGGUGGCAAAAAGAGUUUCAGCCGUAGCUCAAAGCAUUCUUCCCAUCAUAGAGGAGAGAAACUUUAUAAAUGUUCAGAUUGCAUAAAGUGCUUCAAAUAUAGAUCCCAACUUCUUUACCAUCAAAGAAUCCACACAGGAGAGAAACCAUUUAAAUGUUCAGAAUGUGGGAAGAGCUUUUGUGAUAAUCGCACUCUUAUUGUCCAUCAAAGAACUCACACCAGAGAGAAACCACAUAAAUGUUCAGAAUGUGGAAAGAGUUUCCAUUGUAAGACAAACCUCACUUACCAUCAAAGAUCCCACACAGGGGAGAAACCAUAUAAAUGUUCAGAAUGUGGAAAGAGCUUCAGUCGAAAGAAUAGUCUCACUUACCAUCAAAGAAUCCACACAGGGGAGAAGCCAUAUAAAUGCACAGAGUGUGGAAAGAGCUUUAGCUCCCAAUCUGGACUUGCUUAUCAUCAUAAAAUCCACACAGGGGAGAAACCACAUACAUGUUCAGAAUGUGGGAAGAGCUUUUGUGAUAAUCACACUCUUAUUGUCCAUCAAAGAACUCACACUGGAGAGAAACCACAUAAAUGUUCAGAAUGUGGAAAGAGCUUCUAUCUUAAGACAAACCUCACUUACCAUCAAAGAUCCCACACAGGAGAGAAACCAUAUAAAUGCUCAGAAUGUGGAAAGGGCUUUACUUGCUCUACAGGCCUUACUUAUCAUCACAGAAUCCACACAGGGGAGAGACCACACAAAUGUUCAGAAUGUGGAAAGAGCUUCAGUCAAAAGAAUAGUCUCACUUACCAUCAAAGAAUCCACACAGGGGAGAAGCUAUAUAAAUGUGCAGAAUGUGGAAAGAGCUUUACCUUUUCUUCAGGCCUUGCUCGUCAUCACAGAAUCCACACAGGGGAGAAACCACAUAAAUGUUCAGAAUGUGGGAAGAGCUUUGGUGAUAAUCACACUCUUAUUGUCCAUCAAAGAACUCACACUGGAGAGAAACCACAUAAAUGUUCAGAAUGCGGAAAGGGAUUUACUUCCUCUAAGGGCCUUACUUAUCAUCAGGAAAUCCACACAAGGGAGAAACCAUAUAAGUGUGCAGAAUGUGGAAAGAGCUUCUUUCAUAAUCGCCGUCUUACUGUCCAUCAAAGAAUCCACACUGGGGAGAAGCCAUAUAAAUGCCAGGAAUGUGGAAAGAGCUUUACCUUUUCUUCAGGCCUUGCUCGUCAUCACAGAAUCCACACUGGGGAGAAACCAUUUAAAUGUCCAGUGUGUGGAAAGAGCUUCCCUCAUAAGAAUAGCCUCACUUACCAUCAAAGAAUCCACACAGGAGAGAAGCCAUAUUUAUGCUCCGAAUGUGGAAAGAGCUUCCCUCAUAAAAGUAGCCUCAUUUGCCAUCAAAGAAUUCACACAGGAGAGAAGCCACAUGUAUGCUCAGAAUGUGGAAAGAGCUUCCCUCAUAAGAGUAGCCUCACUUACCAUCAAGGAACCCACACAGGGGAGAAACCAUAUAAAUGUUCAGAAUGUGGAAAGAGCUUUAUCACCUCUACAGGCCUUGCUUAUCAUCACAGAAUCCACACAGGGGAGAAACCGCAUAAGUGUUUAGAGUGUGGAAAGAGCUUCUCUCAUAAGAAUAGUCUCACUUGCCAUCAAAGAACCCAUACAGGGGAGAAACCAUAUAAAUGCUCAGAAUGUGGAAAGAGCUUCUCUGCUAAUCGUUAUCUUAUUGCCCAUCAAAGAACCCACAAGUAAAUGGAAAGAAGAAUGCCCAAACAAGGAAAUCUAGAAAGACAAAAUGUCAGAAUAUGCGGUGAGGGCAAAACGGAUGAGUUACAUAAAUAGAAGGCCGAUUAAAGAAUUUGAAAAGAAUUAUUUGGCAUAGAACAGAUGAAAUUUAUAAGGUGUUUUAGUCCUGUAAAUUUCAAUUUGAUUGCACAUUGAUAUAUUUUAUAUUUUGACUGUAAGAUAAUUAAUUAUAGAAGAUAAUUGUUAGAUUACACUGUAUGGUAAAUAAUAUUGAAAUAGGACAUUCUCAUUGUAUACCAUUCUUAGAUGUGGUAGUAUAUAAAAGUAUGGAGACUAGGUUGGGGGUGAGACCUUAUAGAAAACCAACAGAUCGAUCUGCUUACUCUUCGUUCCAUAGGCAUAAUCUUAAAAGUAACAUCCCCUAUGGACAGUUUCUCCGCCUCAAACGCAAUUCCACGUGUAGUUCAGAUUUCAAACGGGAAGCGAAUAAGAUGUCGGGAGCUUUUGUAACUAGGGGCUACCCUGAUGACACUGUAGAGAGGGCACUGAGCAGAGCACAAGCUAUACCGAGACAGAAGCUCUUACAGCCUAAGGACACGAAUAAUAAUGAUUUAGGAAUGACAUGGGCGCUGGAUUUUUCCCACAUAGCCGGCAAUAUAGCUAAUAUCAUUAGAAGACACUGGCAUAUCAUUCGUGAUACCAGGGUGUAAUAUGCCCUUAAGAAUCGGAUAUAGACGAACCAGGAGCUUUCGAGAUAUCCUGGUACAUUCUGACUUUAAAGAAGCUGCUGCGAUAACACCGUUCCUGAUUGGACAUCAUGCAUGCGGGCAUUGUAAUGUUUGCGCUUUGAGUGUACCGCUGGGAUCUAUUAAGCACCCAUUUACAGGCAAACCACUUUAUUCCAAAGAUUAUUCAACGUGUUCCACGUCACAGGUAGUAUGUAUUAUCCAAUGCCCUUGCCCUCUAAGUUAUGUAGGGAGUACUAAACAACUCGUGAAGGUCCAAAUAAGGGAACAUCUGUCUAAGAUCCAUACAGGGAACUUAGAAGCCCCUUUGGUAGAACACUUUACAAGACACCACAGGAAUGAAUGAGAUUUAAGACAUUCUGUGGUUGAAGUGGUGAAAUCUAAACUGUUACAGAUGGAAGCACAAUGGAUUUAUAGAAUGGAUUGUCUAGCACCUUGUGGGCUAAACAGUGAAAUUAACUUUGCAGUGUUCUUAUGAAGUCAAAAUAAAAUCAGUUAUACCUUCAAAUAAAACCCGGUAUACCUUUAAAUGGUGAGAGUAAUGUUAAUGGGAUGGAAUAUAUAAGAGUUUGUAACCAUAGGAUAGCACCUGUUUCUAAUUAGCAGCUAUUGAACCUGGAAAGAGUGACUGUGAUUGCAUUGUAUAUGUAAGUAUAUAGAAUGGUGUUUAUUGCUUGUAAGUUCAGUGGCUGUAAUGUAAAUAAAAUAAUAGCAUUGAUAUAUUAAUGUCCUUACAUCAUAGAGAUGGCCAAGAUGAAGGAACACCGAAACGAGUAAAUUUAAAUGCUGGCAGGCUCGUUGUCAUCUGUCGGGAGAUUCGUUUUCGGGAGCUGCCUUGCUCCUCUGGAUCUGCCGUUUUGCUGUUAAAUACUCGUCUCCAUAGAGAUAACAGCGGUAAUUUUGGAUUUAUUGCCAUCGGAAUAUAUUUACCACUGAUAUACACUACGAAUUUAUGUGCGGGAUGAAUAUUUCUUCCCUCCAGGAUUGUAUUACCUCAGAAGAAUCACAUGAGGGGGCACGGCUGCGAAUGGAAUUUUCAAUUCGCAGCGUUAUUGGGACAUGUGCUUAUGGUAUUGGACUGAGCUGCAUGGUCUUUGAAUUGUUCAUAUGAGAAAUUGUGCACAGUAUGAUUGUAAAUUUUGAUAAUGAUUAACUAAACACUGUUUGAUAUAAAUUGACUGAGUCUUAUUGGGUUCUGGGGAGUUUCCCUCAGGUGUGUAGUAUAUUUGGAACCCUUCCUGUUUUGUUUUGCUUAAUUAGUUAUAUUAAGUCAUAAGCAUUGUUAUAGUUAAGAAAAGGUAAUGAUAAGAUAGGGGUAAUAAUGGAAUAAUUAGCUUUUUAUUUUUUUUAAUAAAGAUUAGAAAUAGGUUUGAAUUCUGCAGGUGUUGUUUAUUUGGAAAAAUAUACACUAAAUAGGUUUUUUUAUUAUUCUAAUAACUAUGGAGGUUAUGAUUUUUGUACUCUGUAUUUUAAUAAUCCUUGUAGCACACAGCUUUAUAUUGGGUUUGCUUGUACCCUUUCUUUCCCCUUUUUUCUGUAUUCCCUUUUUGUUUUAAUAAAGUAUGUAUUAAACUAGUAACAAAGCCUGUUGUGGGAAAAAAUACAGCAGGCUCUAGAAAGGGGAGGGUGGAUAGGCAGGCAUUCCUUCCUCCUCCAUCACUGAUCCUGGCUGGUGAAGGAGGGAGUCUGCAUAGCCACCUGCUCCACACGUGAUCUUGGCUAUGUGAAGGGGGGGAUGGGCUUUGCCACCUUCUCCGCUCCUAAUAACAGCUGUUAAGGCGGGGUGGACAUUGCCACCUGCUCCACUCUUAAUGCCAGCUGGCUUAAGGCAAUGGUGGGCAUGGCCGCCUGCUCAGUGACUUCGUUCAGUAGAUUGAAGGGGGUGGGCAUUGCCACCUGCUCAGCUCCUUAUCCUGACCGGGAGAAGGGAAGAAGGGCAUUGCCUCCUG